AGAAACUCAGUAUGAGGAAGAAGACAGUUCUCAGCCGCUUUGCGUUUUCGGAUAUGAGCCAGAUUUGCGGAAGACAAUCAAAGAGAUUUUCCCAGAUACAUCAGUGUGUCUUCUGUUCUGACCUGGAAUACCUGUAGCUGUCACUUCUCUAGGAAAUGAAUUCCAGUGAGGCAGAUAAAAGUCAGGAAAACAUGGACAUGAUGUUUCAUUAGAUGCCCUUCAUUAGUUUCAUUAGAUGCCCUUUUAACUAUUAAACUGUCUGGCGUGGUCUUAUUUCCUGCAAAUUUUGAUAAAAGUCACCUUCUUAGACAGUGCUUCAGACAUCACCAUGGCAACCAUUGUUAUGGAGAUGAUCGGCCGACUCUUCAUUAACCUGCAGCAGGUGAGGCGAGUUCCCCAAAUGCUCACCGAGAUGUUGCCCUCCAUGCCUGGCACUCUGCGUGACACGGAGGUGCCCCGUUUUUUCCGCGAGCGAUACAUCCACUCUGGCUAUCGGCCACUCCACCAGAACUGGCGCUACUACUUUCUGUCUCUUCUACAGCGACACAACGAGACCAUAAAUGUUUGGACGCACCUUGUCGGGGUAUUAAUGGUGCUCACAAGGACAGCCCAACUUACUGAGACUGUAGAUUUCAUCAACGAUCCUCAUUCCUGGCCUCUACUCAUCCUUCUCUUGUCAUCAACGGGCUACAUGACAAUCAGUACCAUGGCCCACUUGUUGGCGGCAAAAUCUGAGCAAUGCCAUUAUUCCUUCUUCUUCCUGGAUUAUGUAGGUGUGGCGAUGUAUCAGUAUGGCAGCGCAGUGGUACACUACUACUAUGCCAUAGAAGAAAGCUGGCAUGCAUGUGUCCGGGGCUGUUUCAUGCAUAUUGCUGGUCUCCUAUGUUGCCUUUCCUGCUUCGGCUGCUGUUACGGAAAGUAUCGGAAUUACAAUCUACCUCCCUGGGUUCGCAAAUUAGGUCAAGUUUUGCCUUCAGCCGUUGCUUAUGGUUGGGACACCAGCCCUGUGUUUCAUCGUUUGGGCCUCUGGUUUCUUUCUUGGGCGAGGGGCGAUUCCAGAAGCAGUCCUGCUUUGAUUUUUCACUUUGGCCAAAUUGUGUUCUUUUUUUCCAGUGUGUUUUUCUUCACCCAGCCUGUUCCCGAGCGCUGGUUCCCUGGUCACUGUGACUUCCUGGGUCAGGGUCAUCAAGUAUUCCACGUGCUGCUGGUUUUGUGUACACUGUGUCAGAUCCAUGCUUCAUAUUUAGACUACCUCAACCGACGACACCUGUACGUUCAUCUCCAUGCUAACGGCGAGGCAUUGUUCUUUGUUGUUCUGUAUAUUUUAACAGAGAUUGUAUGUGCUCUAAUAGCCUUAUAUAUGCUUGGGAAAAUAAAAAGAUUGCUCGGAUGCAGGGAAAAAAAUAAGUAAAAAGCAGGGGUUUUCUUGAACUUGUGACACUUUCAUGUCCCAGGGGUUGAAUAUUAUUACAAGAAAAUGGAUUUGAAAUGUUAUAUAUAUAUAUAUAUAAAAAUGAGAGUGCGGAAAAACAUUUUAAUGAGACUUUACUUUCUAGAAAUCCACAGUAAAAGUGCCUGAAGUUGAAGAAACACCUAGGAAUAUUUUGACAGAUGCUUAAAGGAACAGUUCACCUUAAAAUGAAAAAUCUUCCCCUCUGUCGUAACUCAAAUAGUUUUUGCAUUUAAUAGUUUUGGGGAGAAUUAUUCCGUUAAGAGUUAAAUGGUAAAUUCACACAAAAAAAAUAACCUUUUGUCAUCAUUUACUCUCACUCAUGUUGUUCCAAAUGUGUAUGCUUUUAUUUUCUUCCAUUUAACACAAGAGGAGAAAUUUUAAAGUAUGUUGAUGCUGCACUUUGCCAUACAAUGAAAGUAAAUAGGGACUAAGUCUGUUAGUCCCUUUCAUUCCACUAAACAUUUCCUUUUGAGUGCAGAAGAAAGCCAGAUCACCUUGCACAGAAGAAAGUCAGUCAUAUGCUUUUGGAACGAUUUGAGGGUGAGAAUAAUAAUGACAGAAUUUUCAUUUUUGGGUGAACUAUCCCUUUAAGAACUUAGCCUUUAACAAUGGAUCAAGCCUUAUGUAUUAAAAUAUGAUACAAUUCCCAUUGCUUAAAAAAAUUGCUGCCUUGAAUGUAUUCAUUUAUUGAGUGCCUUUCUGAGAGUCUAGUAUUUAGUGUGAUACACCAGCCAGACACCUGACCAAUUAUGAAGCCAGCAUAUUGUAUUAGCUCAAUACUUUUUAAUGAAAAUGUUUAUUCAAGCCCAUGUGCAUUAAGUUUAUGACACAAAGAAGAUCUUAUGUACUUGUCAUGGACAAAUCUGAAUAGGACAUUAAUCUUAUAUUACAUUACUUUAUAUUGUUAUCAUUAACACUGAGCCAGUCUGAGCAGAAGCAGUAGUUAAUGUUGAUAAUCAUAAUUGUCAGAUCUUGAAAAUAGUUUCGUAUGUAUUAAGUGCUUUCAUUAAUGAGACUCUAGUAUGUAAAAAGUAAUGUACUGUACUUCUGUCAGCAAACAGUAUUGAGACAGUAUUGUACUUGUUGAAAUUUUAGAUGUCUUGUUUUGUCGCAAUGUAGACUGUAUUAAAAAAAAUGUGAUCGUGUACUUUAAAGAAGUACUGUAUUCGCAGUGUGAGAACAACCUCUGUUUUGCCUUUUGUAAUUAUUUGCACCUUAGAUUGCUUUUGAAUGGAAGCAACAUCAAUGACUUUGUAAUUUCACACGUUUCUGUGGUGGAUAAUAAACAGUGGUACGUAUUGAGCUUGAUUAGUACUUUGCAUUUAAUGGUCCCUUAUAUUAUUGCACAGUAGCUAAUUCAAGUACUUUGUAUGCGAAUCAGAAGGCCUAAUGAAAGCACUGAUUGGAUGUCUAGUGAUCAAGGCAAGCCCUAAUUUGAGAGAGCACCAUCUCUGUAUUACUUAACUAUGUUUGGAAUGGAUUACAGCAUACUGAACACUGCAGUAUGUACUGUAUACUGCAUACUAUUUUUUGUAUCUGAAACCGUUUACAGAGUAUAUACUACAUUAGUCAUUUGCAAGAUCAAUUAACUCAAUUCAGUGAGUGGCAUCUGUUGGUUGUUUUGCAUUUUUGUAUUUUAAUUAGGGCUGUCAAUCAAUUAAAAUUUGUAAUCGAAUGUAUUACAUGGUAUGCCAAUU